AUGGUUUCGACGUUGAUUAUCGGGUCUGAGGCCGCCGCUAUAAUCGACUUGCCACUCGCUGUUCCACAGGCUAUCGAGCUUGCUGAAUGGGUGUCCAACACGACUGACAAGCCUUUGGUUGCUGCGUUCUCGUCUCAUUUUCACCCGGAUCAUUAUCUAAGCGGUGCUGCGUUCCUGGCAAGGUUUCCCGAGACGAAGUUCUGUGCUAAUUCCAAAGCCAUCGAUCUCAUUAAGAACGAUGCUGCAGAGAGGAUCGUAGCCUGGAAGAAUGUCCUUGGUGACGAUGUCAUUGUUGAUAAAGCUGCUAUUCCCACUCCUUACGACUUUACGUUCUUUACCCUUCCUGGCGACUACUCGUCACCUAUUUAUCUGCUCAGUCCUCUUGCAGGAGAUACGGUUGAUGAGACCCUUUUCUGGAUCCCCUCCAUCUCCACAUUGAUAGCAGGGGACUCUGUCUACAGCCAUACAUUACACCUGUGGCUGGCAGACCAGCUCUCACCAGCUUUGACUGAUGCCUGGCUUUCAACUUUGGACUUUAUCGAAUACCUGAAACCGAAGAAGGUCAUUGCUGGUCACACUACAACACUCGACUCGCUUGAUACCAAACUCGACUUGGAAUACUCACGCCGGUAUCUCAAGUUCUUUCAACACGAGAUUCAGUCGAAGGGUAAAAACAUUUUCACGCCUCACGAGAUAUCUAAGAAACUUGCCAAGGGGUUUCCUGGGCGACUUAAAUCUUCCACCUCGGCUCUUCUUCUGAACAUUUCUAGUGAAGAGUUAGGUCGAGGAGGGUCAAAACUGGCCCGAACUUUUGACCUGACAUCUUACAACGUCACGGAGCUUAAAGUCUGGAAGCUGAACUAA